AAAUAAUUACGUUCUAUAUUGAAUAUUUUAUAUACGAAUGCAUACUCUCUGAUUGGUAAAAUAAGGAAGAAAUUAUUUGUUUGACAUCCUUCCUUCUUAAAGGAAUAAAAUAAUGUGUUCUUUAAUAAAGCAUUUUAAUAUCAGAUAUAUGAUGAAUUUUCUCCUUACCGUGCUCGUUUUCUGUCUCAGCUCCUUUUCUCUCUCUCAGAGGGGACCUUGCGUGGAUGAAAGGGAGGACGGGUGCUGUUCUGGAACAACCUGGAAUCGUAGUUUGCAAAAAUGUACAGAUUGUAUUGCGGGGUAUUUUGGCAUCAACUGUGAAGAGACGUGUGAAUUUCCAUAUUAUGGGAUGAAAUGCUCAGAAAAUUGCAAAUGUGAUAACGAAAGUUGUCAUUUUGCAUUCGGUUGUUUAAAACAAGGAACCGAUAUUGUUUCAAGAUGGUCAACAAUAAAAAACAAGAAAAUUUCUACUUAUCCUUCAUCAGCCAUUACUACAGUCAGGCGUUCACUCAACGUCAGAUCUAUAAAGGAAAGCAAUGUGUCAAUCUUGCAAAUGAUAUUGAUUAUUUGUGGAGCAUUACUUUUUGUUGUUGGGGUUCCCUUUGCUUUUUUUACUUUCUAUGAAAAGAUAUUAGUUGAACCUGUUCAACAACCAGGCGCUGUCAAUAAAUCUUCAAUUUAUGAAGAAGUGCAAUGAGUGCGUAUGACAAUUGUACGCAUACAUUUUUAAAAAUCGCCCGAUAAACACAAUAGUUUUAAAUAUUAUGUAAUUUGAAGUUUGUUCAUACUAAGAUAUCGCAAAUUUUCUUAGAAGUUCAUUUUUGUUGUUUUUAAGGUAUGAAGAGAACCACGAAUUCAUUCCCACCACGUAAUGUAAUCUGUUUUAUACAUAAAUACUCAACAAAUCUUCAUCAAUGAAUUCAAAUCCCCCAUGAAACAAGAGUUUUUUUUCUCAAACCACAAAAAAAUUGACCCCACGAAAAUAAGUGAUUUUACAUUAUCUGGGGUGUUUUGUUGUUGUUAUUGCAAUAUACAUGUAUACGCAUUAUCACGGUUCUCAAAAUUCUAACACCAGUUCUUCACAUUUUUGUCCGACAUUCAAACAUCCACCUAAUUAGAGAAAAAACCCCUCAACGAUAAGAUAGGGUUAAUCGUUUUAUAAUAUUUGACCUUUUUUUCUCACCAACCCAAUAAAUAAAGGUUAGUUUUGCACUCUAUUUAAUAAGUUUUGCACACUAUUUCAUAUUAUCACUUUAAAUUUCACGCAAAAGUCUACAAUUGUUGUCUCGCAGUCACUCAAUAGAUUCAAGACCUCGUACAAUAUUUGAUGAAUAUAGUUAGUCGUCUUCAUCAUAAGCAAUCAUAAGAUAAAAGUAUUUUUCAAUUCAUAUCUAGUUAUUUAUUUUUCUACACAGAAAUUUAUUAUGAGAUAUUACAUGUAAAACUGAUUUUUUUUACAAUGUACAUGAAAUAGCAUGAUCCUCAGGCAAUGUUUUGUUUUAAAUGGACCUUCUUCAUACCAAUUGUAAUGUAAUAAUCAUGUGAAUUAUUUUUUCCUCAAAAACCUUACUGAGAGUAUAAAUUUUAAAAGAAAAUUUUAACCACAUGGAUAUAACCCAAAACAAUUUGUAUGUUAUUGGGUUUAUUGAAUAAUAUUAAUAUAUAAUAAUAAAUUCAAAACAUACAAUGAGCUAAGGACACUGCUUUUUGCACCGUUCAAUACUAUUUUAUAACUAAGACUUCUGUACUUAUGACGUCAUAUAUGCAAAAUGUAAAGAGGAUCUUGUUGUUUAACUUCUCUCUCGGGAAUUUUUACGCAUAUUGAGACGCCACCUUUUCUCGAUGGACAAGCUGCAAAUUUUGAUCUAUACUCGGCACACACUGAACAAAAAUACGUGACAACAUAUAUCCAUAGCCAUUAUGUAGUUUCCAAAAUAUAUAUAUACACUGUAUAAUAUAAUAAAUUCAAAACAUAAAAGGAGCUAAGGACACUGCUUUUUUCAACGAAGGGCGAGGUGAAUAUUGUACUUCGAAGAUGGCUAAAUCAUUGUAUUGACCUCAAAAACCAGCAAUAAUUGUUUUAUUAUAUGAUUUACUGAUAAUUGAUUAAAUGAUACAGCUCAUUACUUGUUUGCAUUUUAUUAAGUGCUAGCCAAAUACAAGAGAGUAGCAGAAUUAAAACGUUCAUAAACCUUACCAGGCGUAUCAAUUUGAAAUUUUUUUAAAAUCAAUUUUAGAAGACAUAAAAGAAAUAUAUAAUGUCAGUCUUUCUAUAGGAAAGAUUUUGAAAGGAAGAAGUAUUAUCAGGGAAAACUGACUGCCAAAAAGUAAAAAAAAAUAAUGUUCAGUAAGUGUUGGAGGGGGGGGGGGGGUGUCCCUGCAUACCCUCUUAAUUACCACCCUUACCUAAAAUAUAUAUUUGCUUAUGUUUUGUUCACAUGAAAAUACAAAUCA